UCCUGAACCGGCUUCGUGAUUGGCCUGUGCUUGCGCGACCGCGCGGGGUCACGUGACAGAGGAAGAGAGCGGUGUCGUGUGUGUGAGCUGAUUUCAGGGCAUUCUGUUUUCACUCGUUUUUAAUAGCUCAGGUUUUCAAAAGAUCAUUUCAACACGGCUUCAGUAAAAUCUUAAUAAUAAUAAUAAUAAUAUUUAAACAAAAAAAACGAAGUUUCAAAAGGGCACUUUGGUUAAUGAAGGGCAGAGUUGGAUGUCUAUGUGUGCACGCCUAUGCUGCCAGUUGACUGUGAAGGUCUAUUCAUCACCAUGGCAACCAAGCACCUCAUUCUACUGAUGAUGUCAUAGUGUCAUAUAUAAAGCAUCUAUAUUCUAAAUCCUUACAUUUCAUCCUGCCUCACUGAGGAGGAAGCAGCAGAAGAAGCAGUUAGGCUUGUUAUCUUUAAGUUCAUCAGAAGAAGAUGGAGGAGUUUGGAUUAAGGAGAGGAAAGAGGAAGAGAGAAGACGAGGAGGAGAUUUUCCAACAAACAGAUGAUCUUCCCAAAUCUGAUUUCUUCGAAAGAAAGAGAAAGAAGCCCAAAGUAGAACAACAGCCCAGGAAACAGAGGCGCAUUCAGAGGAGAAGUCCCAGACUGCGAAAAGCCAACAAGCCAGAUACCUUCGAAUCUCUCUACACUGUUGGAGAGAAACUCGGCGAAGGAGGGUUUGGAUCGGUCUUUGCAGGAACGCGUGUUUCCGAUGGCCUACAGGUGGCCAUAAAAUUUGUCCGGAAACUGGAGGAUGAUCGAUACAUCCAAAACCCUGAAGAUUCCAGGUCCAUUCCUGUAGAAGUGGCCGUGAUGCAGAAGAUGAGUGAAACACCUGUUGAUAGUGUCAUACGACUCAUCCAGUGGUUUGAUGAGCCUAAGCGCUAUAUUUUGAUUCUAGAGCGCCCUUAUCCUUGCAAAGGCCUGGAUACCUUAAUUGACAUAUAUGGAGGCUCUCUUAGUGAAGAAAUGGCCAGAAUAUUUAUGUUGCAGGUAGUGCAGGCAGUGUUUGAGUGCCAAAAGCGAGGUGUCAUCCACAGAGACAUCAAAUUAGAGAACAUAUUGAUCAACAUGGAGACCACAGAGAUCAAACUGAUCGAUUUUGGCUGUGGUGAUUUAAUCAAAAGAUCUGGAUACAAUUAUUUUGAAGGCACCUUUCAAUACUGCCCACCUGAGUUCUUCAUAACAGGGAGGUACUGCGCCACUCCUGCAACAGUGUGGUCUUUGGGAGUGCUACUGUACGAGAUGGUCUGUGGAUCUGUACCAUUUAAAGAUGAAAGUGAAAUCAUUGGCGGUCCUCUGCGCUUUAAAGACGACCUGUCAGAUGAGUUCUGCGAUCUAGUUAGAUGGUGUCUGCAGCGCAAACCAAUUUCGAGGCCAAGUUUACAGCAGAUCUUAAAGCACAAGUGGUUUAUGCCCAGCUUCCCAGCCCAGAUCGCGGAGAAAAUCACCAAAAGAUCAUCAGCACAAAGAGCAGAGAUAGUUUAAAGUAUAUUGAGCUUAGUUUAAAAUUGAAAGGCAAUCACUACAGUGGAAAAACUGUGAAAUGCUGUGCACACAUGACAUUAAUUCUCCAUAGGAACAUGCACAAAAUAUGUUCCAAAAUAAAAAGCAAAACCAUUUUUUUACGUCGCUGUACACUAAAAUAUUAUACACAAAGAUUUGUAUUUACAUUUGCUCUUGUUUUAUACAGGCAAAUGGAUAGAACUUAAACAUUACUGUAGUAGUUCCAGUUCGCAGUUAGAGCUGAGCUCCGGUAGAGGUUUUGGUUUUGUAACUAAAAAACAUGAACUGCAGAUUUACUGUUGAAAUAAAUUAAAUUAAAGAGUUCAUGUUUUAUACAGCCAUUGGUUUAAACACGAUGUUAGUGGUUUUGUUUUUUAUUUUGGUUCAUAUUCUGCAUGAUAGUAGUUGAGGUAUCCGGUGUCGGCCAGAGGAGGAUGGUUUCUUCUUUUGAGUCCUGGAUCCUCUCAAGGUUUCUUCCUGCUGAUCUGAGGGAGUUUUUCCUUGCCGCUGUCGCCUUUGGCUUGCUCAAAAGAGGCUCGGACCCGGAUAUCUGUGACGCUGCUUCACAGCAUUCUUUAAAACUAAAUUUAACUGAUACUAUGGAAAAUAAAUGUCAUGUGUGCAUUGCUUUGUUAAAAUGGUUGGAUUUAAAACUCAAGGAUUCUGCAUCAGAGAGCAGGAGUGGAAGAUCACUCAUAGGUGGAGCACAAGGUUAUGAAAUCUGUAGAGAAGUGGGUUAAACAGAGAGGAAGAAAAAAGAGUCCAGACCUAAUAACAGAGAGCAGACAAAGAUAGAUAAACCCGUUGAGCAGUACAGAUCACUGAGAUUGUAGUGGAAAUGAGGGAGUAAUGAGGUAAAAGGUUAUUAAGAUAUCAGGGGUAGAGAUUAAGGAGAGCAGAAGGUAAAAAAAGAAGUGUAUUUUGGCAAGAUUUGCACAGAUUUACUGAAAUUAAUGGAAUUUGAGGAAAGCAUAAAGCUAGAGACAUAAAGUGGCAAAUGGAUUUUAGCUCCCCCUAGUUUAAGUGUAGUAUAAGACGUGGAGCGGUGUGCAAAAGCAGGCUCUGUGUCAGGCUCUGGGUUUUAAUGGAAGACUGUGGUUAUAGGGUGGAAUAAAUGGUCUGUCUCCAUGUGAUAGUUAGGUCUGUGAAGUGAGCUUGGAGGGGAGUGGGUCUUACUGUUCAGGAUUCUAGAGGCGUCGUUAGGUCGCUGUUGAAGGGAGGUGCCUACCUGUUGACCCCUGGGAAGAGCUGGUUAAGUAGUGGGUGAAUCUAGUAUAGGUGCAGGGAAUGGACUGGAGUUAAUAACAGUUGAUAGGUUCAGGAUUUUAUCAUCUUAUUCUCUAUUAUUUCAUGUUUUUCCACUCUAGUGAUUGCUUUUUUUCAUUUGGCACUAAUUAUUUUAUUUGCCUUGCUUAUAUUAAACUUUAUUUACAUUACA